CUUUAGAAAGCACCCUCCAGUGCGACAGAAGACUUUGUUCAGCUGUUUCACAGUACUCUCUACAACGAGUAAAUUGACCUUUAUGUUUAAAUUUGGUGUAAUGCCCCUUUACUCAUAAUCUUGCAGGUGUCAAAUCAAUUUGCAUGGGUCUAGUGACAUCAUCGAUAUGUAAGAUCAAGACAAUGAAUGAAUUUCUGCUUCAGGACAAGUCUAGACUUGCCACUCCACACAUCCUGCAUUAUGCAUGAGAGUAAAGUGUGAAGUGUAUGGGGGAUGAAAAAGCCCCUCCUUCCCAUUCUGGCUCAGUGACCGAGUGUCUCGGCUUCCUCAUGUGCUUACAGUCAGUGUGUGAGUACAGUAGGUGGAGGAGGCUGGUGUCUGCUGGACCAGGCAGAUAAGCAUUACUGCUGUGCACGCCCCCUUAUGUAUAAAGAAGAUGAGCUAAUAUUUCGCCUGGGAGGUGAACAGGAUAAUCAUUAGUACAGCUCUGUGAGUGCUUAAUGUUGGACCAAAAGUGUUUUUAUACAGAAAAAAAUGGACCUAGGAGACAGAAACAUUGUUGAAAUGAUAGCAAAAGUUAUCGAAGAAGCUUCUGACACAGAUAAUAACCGUGAGUUGUUGAUGGCUGGUAGACAUUACCCGUCAAUCCAAGAGUUUGCCUCGGCGAUCCCCAACCACCUUCUCCUGGGGUCUCUACUGGAGCACCUGUGCUUCGUCUACGAGACCAAUCCAGCACGCUCACGAACGCUGUUUAAAGUCAUUGGUCAGCGUUUAGCUGCCAUGAACCUCCUCUCACCUUUGGCCAUAAGUGACGAGUUCAGCACCGUCAGACUGCAACACAACCGGGCCUUCACUGAGCUGCUUCAUGCUGCCAGCUCCUCGCUGUAUCCACAGGGACAACAAGGUCACGGCACAAAUGCACACAAUCCUGCUGUAAGACCUAAGGAGGGACUGUUUCAAGCACAGACAUCGCGGUAUCUUAGUGAAUUUGAAGAAAUAUUUAGACUCGGAAAAGGGUCAUAUGGAAAUGUUUUUAAGGUUAUGAAUAAACUGGAUGGACAGUUUUAUGCUGUGAAGAAAAUCCUUAUCAAAAAAGUGUCAAAGGAGGACUGCAUGAAGGUCCUCAGGGAAGUCAAAAUGUUGUCGAGCCUGCUGCAUGUAAAUGUCGUGGGCUAUCACACUGCGUGGAUGGAACAUGUUCAGCCCACGGCAUAUCCUGAGCCUCUCCUGCCUGCACUGGAGUCACCUGGACAACAAGACAGCUCUGAUGAGAUCUCUGACAGCAGCUCCAGCUCCUCCAUAGUUUUUGAAAGCCUCAGUCAAGCACAGACAGAUUCUGCAUCAAGUGCCAAAGUACCCCCAAGAGAGACGGAGCCCGUCAAAGCUUUUAUUCCAACCCAGGAGAAGGGCCAGGUGGUGUGUGCCCAGACGAUGCGCCGGAUCCCAAAGAACUACGUCCCCUGUGUGUUCCUGGGACAGGGAGGUGCCUCGAAGCAGAGCUCCAAAUGUCCUGCUAUGGCGUGGGACGGCUCGGUGCUUAUAGAGGAGGAGUCCAGCAGGGGUAGCAUCGAACUGAACAACAACUCCUGCAUCGACAAGGAGUUUCAGCAGUGGGCUGACCAACGCACAACAAAGCCUUCUAAAGAGGUACAGUUCCACCUGAUGCUCUACAUCCAGAUGCAGAUGUGUGAGCGUUCACUGAAGGACUGGAUCUCCGAGAGGGACACCAAGCCCAAAGAAGAACAAGCCUCAAAAUGUCCGUAUGGAUGUGUUGAUACCGAACACACACUCAGCCUGCUGAGGAGGAUACUUGAAGGAGUGGAGUACAUUCACUCCAGGGGAAUCAUGCACAGAGACCUGAAGCCAAGGAACAUUUUCCUCCACGGUCAUGACUGCCAUGUUCGGAUUGGGGACUUUGGUUUGGCCUGCAGGGAUAUAAUAAUGGAUGGCCAUAAAAGCACCACUUCUCCAAGCAGUGAUUCCACACAUACUACAGGUGUUGGCACAUUUGUGUAUGCUGCACCGGAGCAACUGAAGGGCUCCCAUUAUGAUUCAAAGUCCGACAUGUACAGCAUCGGGGUGCUGGCUUUUGAGCUAUUCCAGCCCUUUGGGACAGAGAUGGAGCGGGUCCGGACCCUCGGGGACCUGAGAGACGGGAAAAUCCCAGACUGUUUCUGCCAGAGGUGGCCAGUCAUGACAAAGUACAUCAUGAAGCUGACGAAUAAGGAGCCCGGUGUUCGUCCCACGGCCAGCGAGCUUCUACAGAGUGAACUCUUCUGCAGUAAAGACAUAGUGAUCCAUGGUUUGCAGAGAAAGGUUGAUGAGCAGGAGGAAGAGAUCAUGCAGCUGAGGAGACAGAUCAGUCGGCUUCAGAGCUCAGAAGUCACAGUUCCCAGUUCUGAGUCGGACAAGACCUGAGCCUUAUAGAUCUCAACCCUCCACAGACUGUCAAAACUUGAUCUAUUCAACCCCUGC